GUCUCACACAUCGUCUGCUGUGUGAAAAUGGUGGAUUUUGGAGAGAUUCUGAGAGCUAUCGGUGACUUUGGCUUCUUCCAGAAGCUAAUAAUUCUUGUGCUAGCCUUCCCAAAUGUAUUAUUGCCCAUCUUCUUCUGCAGUUUUCUUUUUAUCCAGUCUGAUCCAGAGCGACACUGUAACACAGACUGGAUCCUUCAGGCGGACUCUAACCUGACCACCGAUGACCAGCUGAACCUGACUCUGCCCCGGGAGGAUGAUGGGACCUUCAGCAGGUGUCAGAUGUUUGUCCCUGUGGACUGGGACAUCGGUGCCAUCAGGGAGUACGGACUCAAUGAGACCACAGGGUGCAAGAAUGGAUGGGUGUACAACGACACGAUGUAUGAGGCCACCAUAGUCACUGAUUUUGAUCUCGUCUGUGACAACUCUAACAUGGCUGAAGUUACGCAGACAGUCUUCAUGGCUGGUUUACUUGCUGGUUCAUUCAUCUUUGGCCCAACAGCUGAAUCGUUUGGCCGCAGGAGAACCACCCAGAUACCAGUCGUUCUCUUGCUAAUAUUCGUCACAGUUGCUGGCGUGUCUCCAAAUGUCUACGUUUACAUAUUCUCACAGUUCAUAGUUGGAGCUGCAGUUGGAGGAUAUAGAAUUAACUCCACAGUAUUAGCUACAGAGUGGAUUGGAGUCACCAAACGGUCCUUUGCCUCCUGUAUGAGCCAGAUGUUUUCAGCUCUUGGACAGUGUGCCAUGGCUGGUCUGGUCUAUGCUAUCCGUGACUGGAGAAAAGUGCAGUAUGUCAUGGCAGGAUGGCAGGCCUUUAUAUUCUUUUACAUAUGGUGGAUUCCGGAAUCUGCAAGGUGGUUACUUGGACAGGGAAGAACCGAAGAAGCAAAUAAUUUGAUCCGCAGAGUUGCAGCAAUCAAUAAAAAGAAAAUCCCAGAAAAUCUGCUGGACAAGGUAACAGGGGAAAGAGAAGUCCAAAGUGGAGGAAUCAAAGCAAUGUUUACCUCAAAAGUCCUGAUGAAAUAUUUAUUUAUUAUAUCCUUUGCUUGGUUUUCAUUAAAUCUAGGCUACUUCUGCCUCGUUCUGAACGUGGGUAAGCUUGGUCUGAACAUCUUCCUGGUUCAGUUCCUGUUUGGGAUCACUGAGGCGCCAGCACAUUUCCUCUGUGUCUGGGUUCUGGAGUUGAUCGGGAGAAAAAAAUCCCUGAUAUCAACCCUCCUGACAGGCAGUAUUUUUUGCCUCUUAACCCUGGCUUUCCCUCGAGACAGCGCUGUUGUUAUCACAGCUCUUGUAACCGCUGGAAAGUUCUUCUUGAACUGGGGCGGAUCCAUAUGCAUGGUCUACAUUCAAGAGUUGUUUCCCACCUCUGUCAGGCAAACAGCUGUCGGCUUUGGCUCCAUAGCCUUUAGAGGAGCAGGCUUGCUGUCUCCAUUGCUCAACAUAUUGGUCGUGUUCCACUGGUCAAUUCCCAUCAUAGUCUUCAGCAGCCUGACACUGAUCAGUGGAGCUCUUGUCUUCCUGCUUCCUGAGACGAGGAGAAAAGAGCUUCCUGAUUCAACCAAUGAGGCAAAGGGCGACAGGAAUAUGACCAACAAGAACACAGGGAGUGGUUCCAACAUGGUGGAACACAACAGCAGAAAAUCCACCAAGCUCUAGUUGGAAUACCUUAUUUUUACAGAUGUUUUUAUUGUGUAUAGCACAAGCUAUAUAUUGAGUUUUAUUUGGACCCGAUUUUGCCUUCAAUGUUGCUGAGUCACCCAGUGUGUUUGUUCAUGUACCCGUGUGACUCAAUCACGUGUCUUUAUUGCUGUCAUUUCUGUCUGUUACUGUUUUACUGUUCUAGUAACAACCGUUAACGGCUGUUAAGAAAUAGCUUAGCAAGAAGAAGUGAGGAACCAAGAUCAUGCACAGCAGCAAAAGCAAAAAAAUAGUUUUAGGAAUAAUCUAGAUUGCAUAAACUGAUCUGAAAAGGGGGUGGGAGUCCACGAGAGGAUGUUGCACUAGAAGUUACAAAUUCACAUGUGAGCCACCAAGGCGGUUGAGUUUCACAUUCAGCAGACAUGUACCGGACUAUACCGGUAUGCAAUGUACUGUAUGUUUUCCAGUAGAGUAUCUGUGUGUUAAGCUACAGCUACAUCACAUCUGACAUCUCGGUACUUACAAAAACGGUACUCAAACCUUUUUAUUUUUACACAAUACAAUACAAUAAAAUUAAUAAAAUAAAAAGCAAAAUCGACUUUGACCCUUUGACACAGGUUGUAAAAAUGUGAGAACUUCAACUGAGAUGUAAUUUUGUCCUCACAGACUGUUUCAUCUGAAUGUUUUUAAAGUCCUAAAGGUAACUAUUAUAUUUCACAUGUAGACGACCAAAAGAAGUCCAAAGAAAUAAAUAAAAUA